AUGAAACGCAUUUUAAAUGAGUCUUUAUCUGAUUUCAAGAGAGCCAUUUCCGAGUCUGCUGACUUUCAUCUCAGCGAAAUAAAGAAGCUGAAGUUUGAGGAGCCGCGGCGCUUUAAAAAGAAGGCGAACGAGGACCAGUACGGAUUUAAUUCGAAGCUGAGCGAUGUGUUAAACGAGGCCAAGUCGUCGUGCUCGUCUCAGCAGCUUGACAAGGUCAAAGAAUCACUAGAUAAAGAUUCCAGUUCAGCAGUGAGACCUAUGCCAACGUUAGAUGGACAGUUGAGGAGUCAUAUCAAGCCAGGUUCUUGCUUCGCAUGCAACAAGCCAGGUCACUGGAGGGAGCAGUGUCCGUUGCUAACUUCCAAGCCACGUGCAGGACAAUGACUAGCCGGCCGCGAGGAAGGGCAAGAUCAAGGUGUAGUUGUUUCUAAUGUUGUUGCAAAUUCUUUAAGUAACAUUUUUGAGAACGAUGUUCCCGAUUCAGAUCAAUCUUCGUCUGUUGCAACUUUAUAGUCUUUGACCCAUUGUGAAUUUGUUUCGGGUCAGGCUAAUGUUUGCUCAGUCCGCGGUAAUUUAGCUAAGUGUUAUCAGGAAUGGGUGAAUAUUAAUGCCCCAGGUUUUAUUUUAAGUGUCAUUCGCGAUGGGUACAAUAUUCCUUUCAUUGUUUUUCCGCCUCCCAAGGUUAGCCCUAACAAUGGUUCAGCACUAAAGGAGAGAGAGUUUGUUUCCGAGGCAAUUUGUAAUUUUAUUAGUAACAAAUGUUUGGAGGUUUUGGACAUUACAGAAACGCGCCCAUUGAAAAACGUCGCCCGUGAAAAGUGGGGUACCCAUUAGGCUUUGCGAGCAAACACGAAGUUUCAAAGACUACCGUCGUUUUCGGUCUCUUAUGAACUUCUUAGCGGUUAACUAUUCUCACACUUUCAAGAGACAAUGCAGAAACAAUAGAAGUAGGUUGCCAUUGUUUUAAGUGUUGGAAUGUCUUUGUCAGUGCUUCAAGUUUAUGCAAAGAGAAGCAUUUUUCUUCCUCGUGCACUAACAUAAAACCCUCGCGAAUUCGGUAGUCUUGUGCGAAUCGUUUUGAUGGCAAAAUAGUUAAAGCUAAUCAGAAACCAAAGUACUCUUCACUUAAAAACUCAUCUUCACGAAAAUCACUCGAUAAGAUUGAAUAAAAAUGUUUGCAGCAUUUAUAAAUAUUAUUAUCAGAAGCGGUAUUGUAGUUGUUUUCAAGAGACGGAUUAGAUCGCUGUUUAGGUUUGGCCGUUAAAUAUGUAGUUAUCGCGUUCUUAAAGAAACUAUCGCUCUUAAUUUUGCCUUAUACUUUGCUAAAAUCAAUAUCUUAAAUGAAGAAUGUAAGUGAGAGUGCUUUUUCGUCGAAUUUGCCCGUAAAUUUUAAAGUUUAUAAUAUUAUCCAAAACCCGUGACAAAAUGUAAACAAACUAUUAACGCAUCGGUUGCGCUCAUACUUCAUCCAUCGAUUUGAACACCAAGAAGUUUGUAAAAAGUAAAAAUUCAUUUUCAGUCAGUGUAAUGAAUUAUUUACGGCAAAAUCAACAACAAUCAUCGAGGAUUUUUCAAUUUUGAAGCGUUUAACAGCAAAAAGUCACAUGCUAAUUCGGAGUAAAUUUAGACAGUUUUUAAACAGACUGAGCUAUUGUUAGUCGCGUAAAGUUCUAUUCUUCAUCGAAGAAUAGGCAAAUGUUGCGGAUGUCUGAGCAGGAACAAUAACCAGGAAAGGGAUAUACCCAAGGGAUUUCUUGAUUGACACUAAAUUAACGUCAUUUUUCACUUAUUUGCAUUUUCACGAUCGACGUUUUUGAAUGGGCGCGUUUCUGUAAUGAUCAUCCACCUGUCAUAGUUAAUCCACUUUCAGUUUCUCUUCAGUCUUCAGGCAAGAAGAGAUUAAUUCUAGAUCUGAGACAUGUCAACUUCUACAUUUUCAAACAAAAGUUCAAGUGUGAAGAUUUGUCAGUAGCUCUUAAAGUUAUGUCCAAAGUUAUUAUUUAUUUAAGUUUGAUCUUAAAUCCGGUAUUACCAUGUGGAAAUAUUUCCUGACCACAGAAAAUAUUUGGCCUUUGCCUGGGAUUUUGGCGACGGGGUCUUGAAGUAUUUUCAAUUCGCGGUUUUGCCGUUUGGUUUGUCGUCCGCGCCGUUUUUUGUUUGCUAGUUCAGCCUGUAGUAACCUCAUGGAGAUGUAAAGGCAUUCCUAUGGUAAUUUUUCUAGAUGAUGGUUUAGGAGGUGGAGCGUACAGUAUUCAAGCUAAGAUCAAUAGUUUGACGGUUAAUGCAGAUUUGCUUAAAUUUGGUUUCAUUAUUAAUGAAAACAAGUCCCUUUGGGAACCAGUUCAGAAUAAUAUCUGGCUGGGUACUGUAUUAGACACUAAUCAAGGCUUUAUUUCUGUCACCGAACAUAGAAUAGCGAAGUUAAAGAGUAGUAUCGAUUCUAUUCUCUAGGGAGGUUGUACGACUGUCUCCGUGAGAACUCUUGCCGCUGUUGUAGGCCAGAUUAUAUCAUUAACUCCUUGUGUAGGUGAUGUAACUAGGAUUAUGACAACGUCGUUGUAUGCUAUUGUAAAUACGAAAAUGUCUUGGACCUCUACCGUUGAAUUGUCUAAGGAAGCUUAUGCAGAGUUAAUGUUUUGGAAUCAAAACGUGGAUUGCCUCAAUUGUCGGUCUCCUUGGUUACCUCCGUCUAUACCGGCAAAAUUUGUUUACUCCGACGCGUCAGUUCAUGCCUGUGGAUCCUUUAUCCAAAAUGAAAACAAAGUUUUUCACCAAAAUUGGUCACCUGCCGAGAGGAAGAAAAGCUCAACACGGCGGGAGCGAGUUUGACUAAUAGUCGCGGGUCGCGGGUCGCGGGUCGUGGGUCCAAAGUCGCGGUCGCGGGUCCAAUGUCGCGGUCGCGGGUCCAAAGUCGCGGUCGCGGGUCCAAUGUCGCGGUCGCGGGUCCAAAGUCGCGGUCGCGGGUCCAAAGUCGCGGUCGCGGGUCCAAUGUCGCGGACGCGGGUCCAAUGUCGCGGCAGGGGAAAAUGAUUUGGGGUUCGAGGUAACUGAGUGAAAACGAGUGAUAUGAAAAAAAUAUAAAGGGAAAAAAAUCGUUUUUAUGCAUGAUACUCUACGGUAGCCAAUUUACAGGUUACGGAUGUUAGAGCCAACAAAAUUAUGUCUCAAGAAAAGACGUAAAAGAAAAAGCUGGCCGACUUUUGUGUUCACCGCAAGUUUAUUUUGUUUUCUUUCUAUCGGGCCCACUAAUGUAUAAAUUCAGCUUUGAAUGUACUUUCUGAUAAAAAAUGUUACCAUGAGUUACCAUUGUUUUCCUCUUGUCUAUGAGUUGCUCACAAAUUCUUAGGGAUGCAUUCACUGAAAAAUGUGCGAUACACUUCAUAGACUAUAAAUUAUAAACGUUACAACAACGUAAAACCUUUUUUAAAAAAGGCUAACUAGGGCUCGAAAAGCUACGAGUCUGUCGGUAGAAGAAACGAGAACUGUUCAAAUUUUAACAAAUGUUUUCGGCAAAAAUAAAGAAAACGCUUGUUGAAAAACUUCUUGGUCGCAAACUCCCAAAAGAAACUCUUUGCACAAGUAACUGGAAAGAGGAGGAGAGACGUUGGGCUUCAAGUGCCAGUAAAGUACAUUCAAGCGGGUAUUCAAGGCAUGAAUUUAGUAUAGAAACAAGUAAUAAUCCACAGCAUGAGGGAACAAAGCUCGAGCUUUAUCCUCUCUUGUCCACAGAAAGGAGUUUGUUCCCACUAACGAUUGAAAUCCGGAAUCCAAGUUCUACCAAGAUAGAAUAGAUCAUAGUCUCUUGGUUCUACUGACAAAGACUUGAAUCCAGUACCUGGAAUCUGGAAUUACUUACCUAAUUUAUUGUCUUUUCUUAGCUCUGGUGGAGUUGAUAACUUACCGUUUUCAGUGACUGGUUUACUUUCUUUUUCAGCUUCAUGAUAUCGGGCGUUAUUAUUUCCUUACCUACUUACUCACUUGGUUAUUUACGAUGCAUGUUUUCAAGAUUUGACUAAGACGCACAUUGAAUGGCUUCCUAUUGUCAGGUUGUCCUGGUUGCCAUGUAGGUGACGAGAACAAGAAGUUAUAUUGAACACUCUGGGUUGCCGUCUCAGUUGUAAAAAGAAAAGCAUUAUGCGAAAAUCUUGCUUCGAGGAACAGACUCCUUUCUGUGGAUUAUUACUUGUUUCCAAAUUAAAUUCAUGCUUUGAAUACCGCUUGAAUGAAGUUUCAUGCGCCUAUUUACAUUUUCUUUCAGCUUUGUCGAAAACAUUUGUUAAACAUAAGAGUCCUCGUUUCUUCUACCGACAGACUCGUAGCUUUUUAAGCCCGAGUUCGCCUUUUUUAAAAAAAGGCUUUAAGUUGUUGUAACGUUUAUAAUCUGUAGUCUAUGAAGUGUAUUGCAUAUUUUUCAGUAAAUGAACCCCUAAGCAUUUUUGAGCAAUUCAUCGACAAGAAAAACGCAAUGGUAACUUAUGGUAACUUUUUUAUCAGAUACUGUUAUGCAUAUUAAAGUAUAACUGGGCCCGAUAGAAAGAAAACAAAAUAAACUUGCGGUGAACACAGAAGUUGGCCAGCUUUUUCUUUUAGGUCUUUUCUUGAGACAUUAUUUUGCUGACUCUAACAUCCGUAACCUGUAAAUUGGCUACCGUGUUUUUCCCUUUACAUUGUGUUCAUAUCAGCCGUUUUCACUCAGACCUCGAACUCCAAAUCGUUUUCGCCUGCCGCGACAUUGGACCCGCGACCGCGACUUUGGACCCGCGACCGCGACAUUGGACCCGCGACCGCGACUUUGGACCCGCGACCGCGACUUGGGACCCGGGACCCGCGACUAUGAGUCAAACUCGGCGGGAGCUAAAGACUGUAGAAUUAGUUUUGAUUAGUUUUGCUCCUAGUCUCCACAGUAUGCAGAUUGCAUGGUUUGCUGAUAACGCAAACGUUGCUAGUAUCGUUCAUUCUGGUAGCAAGGUUCCUGAACUUCAGGAUUUAGCUCUUCGCACAUUUCAUGUUUGUGUUAGUUUUGGAAUUUCACUUGAGUUGAAGUGGAUUCCUAGAAGUGUUAAUUCUGAGGCUGACCGUUUUAGUAGGAUUAUUAAUUGAUUUUGAUGAUUAUACUUUGAAUGAUGAUGUUUUCCAUAUGUUGGAUUUUCGAUGGGGACCGCACACUAUUGACAGAUUCGCCUGCAGUUAUAAUGCGAAGCUUUCCCUUUUCAAUUCCAGAUUUUUUCAACCGGGCACUGAGGCUGUUGAUGCUUUUUUACAAAACUGGCAUUUUGAGAACAACUGGAUUCUCCCUCCUGUUUCGCAGAUUGCGAGGGUUAUUGCUCAUUUGAGAGUGUGUAAAGCGGAGGGGACACUUGUUAUUCCUUUGUGGAAGUCUUCGUAUUUUUGGCCGUUGCUAUGUGAUGAUGGUAGACAUUGGAACACAUUUGUUCACGAUUGGGUUGUACUUCCCAAAUUUAAGCAACUUUUUGUGAGAGGCGAAGCCAAGAAUGGCUUGUUUGGCGCAAGAGAGUUGUCCUUCAUAGUUGUCGCUCUGCUCAUUAGUUUCAAGUUACCUGAGAAGAUUUCUCUAUCAGGCUUUUGUACUCAUUACUGUGGCUGUUGCCCCAAGUGUCGCUUACGUUAGGGUCUUUUGCACCCAUUAGUUGGAGUCUGUUGUUACUCCUUGUCAAGCUUUGUCAGUUUGUUUUGUCAUUAUUUGUUAGCGUGUUGUUAUAGUUCUUUGUGAUAUCUCCUUACUUAAUAGAAGUGGUUUAUUUUCUGUUUGUUGAAUUGUCUUUACUCAAUAAAGAUGUUUUGUUACUUCUGAUUUUUCUUUUGUUUUUUACGUCCCUUGUUUAGACGUUUUUCAAAAAGGCCUAUGGCAAGAGGUUUUCAAGGAUCCUGACUUACAGUCUCUUAGUGCCAGGCUUCAGACGACUAUUUUGUCAGCGAGGGCUCCCGCGACAGUUAGCAUGUAUGACAGAGCGUUCAGGAGAUGGAAGGAAUUUGCAUUAAGCAAGCACGAACUUUCUUAUCUACCUGCUAAUCUUAUGCAUGUAGCUGUUUAUUUACAAUAUGUUUUAGAAUCUACAAGAUCGAGCAGUUCUGUGGACACUGCGUUUUACAGUAUUAAGUGGGCACACGAAUCAGCUGGUCUCGUAUCCCCUACAGAUAAUCCUUUAGUUAAUCAGGGGGUGCGGAAGGCGGCUAAAAGAAUUUUAGGAGCUAAGAGGUGUCAUAGGAAAGAACCUUUGUCUAUUGAAAUCAUCAAAGAUAUUAUCUCUGCCGCUGAUUUGUCUAAUACUCUUCAGCUGAGGAAUAUUUGUCUUUAUUUCCUUUGUUAUGCGGUUUUUUUUUAG